UUCAGUAUGUUAUUGUUCACAAGCUCAAGGAUGUCUGGUAUAGGAGUCUCUGACGCACCUGGAGGAAACCCUAUAACUCACCCUUCUGUUGUACUAUCCACACCUAAAGCCAUGCCUCGACCAGUCAACUGUGUUGUCUUUGUCUGCUGGAUUUCUGUUUCUGUCCUUCUACAUGGAUCUGCAUUGUUUGCUUCUAACAUUUCAACCCAGAUCCAGCUUCCAAACGCAACCGUUGUUCAAGACGAGGAGGACACAGGCUGGGAUUCAACAUUUCUUCAGCUGAGAGACAGUUUGCUGUCCUAUUCACAGCCCGUCCCUCCAUACACCCUGCUGACCAAUGCUAAGGACUACCACUACAUGCCCAAACCCAGACAUCGCCGCCCCUCACGCCUCCUGCGUCUUCUGGGAUCCUCUUUUGACCUGUUCUGGAUGUCCAUAGAUCAGCCAUCUCAAGCCUCUGGGUGUCAUAGGGGUGGUCAACCUUUGGGUAAUUCAUCACUGCCCGCAAAAUUGCCCAGCUACACCGCUGUCAACCUGAGUGCUUCUCCAGAGCUGAGAGAGGCUGCAGCAAGCCAUCGCCAGAAGCUGGUAAAGGAAGCUGCGGAUCUGGACCUCGGUUCUCUGCCCUCACAUGUCGGCAGUUCAGUCAGAGACUGGUUAGUGCGCUCUGCCACUUGUGGAUUGAGCUACCAAUGGGUGGAUCUGGGUCCGGCUUUCUGGCCACGUUGGCUGCGUCAUACUGAUUGUGAAAAAUCAGAUGGAGUGCGAAGUUGCUCCUUUCCUGGUGGGAUGGAGUGUGUGCGAGCUCAGACAGCUCGCAUAAAGAUUCUGGCUUGGCACUGCUUGGAAGUCAGAGAGGGAGGAGAUGUUUCUAGAGGGAUUAAAGCUCACAGAUCUGAUGGCAGAAUUGAGAUGGGGACAGGUGAAGUCAUGAAAAGGUGUAUAUGGGCUGUAGUGCCUUAUCCUGUGGUCACAGCAUGUUCAUGUUCUUGUAAAUGAAUGUUUUUCUCACUAGGGCUUAAGAUUUUCAAUCCUCAUAAUAUGCUGGAUGUUUAUAUGUAUGUUAUACUGUCAUUGAGUUGUUAUUGAUGAAAUCAAAAAUGUGUCAAAUGAUUUUUCAAGCCUAAUCAUAUUUGCUUUUCAUCACUCAGUAAGACGUUGCACCUUUUUAUAUUACUGACUUUGAGCAGAAUUUAAUAAAAGAUUUUGUCUCCUGAUGAAUUGUUGAAUUAUUUAGUUUCUUCAGCAACACUCUGUCAAACACAUCCUCUCUAUUGUUGCUUUGUGUAAGCAGGGAUGAAGGCUACUCAUUCACUUUCUCCCUUCUGUGAUGGUCUGGGGCUUAAAAUGUAUUAGUUUUUGGUCACAAGUUUUUCUCUCCAGAAGGCCUACAUGUCUGGUGUCAAUAACAGAAUACGGUCUACAGCUCUUUAGUCCCAUAUUACUUUUGGGUUGUGAUACAUUCAUAUGAUUUGGAAAACUUCACAAAUGAGUGGUUCCACUGUGUUUUCAGCAAUGCUUUCAGUACACUGCAGACUUUUCACCUGUCUUUCAGCUCUUCACAAUUAGCAUGGGUGUACUUACGUGUGUGACGUACAUUUUUCAUUUAUUUUUUAUUAAAGAAACUUAAAAAUAUCAACCUAAAAGGAAUAUCUAUCCCAUCCUAAAAUUGAGAAUCCAAGAGAAAUUGGUAUCCAGUUCUGAGAGUGUGAUGACAAAAUCACUUUGCGACAGGAACGGUUUUCUUUUGUAUUAUAAUAAUAAGCGUACAAGCAACGAAAGAUGUGUAACUGCAGAAAAUGUGAUGAUUGGUUCAAUAUGCUGCAAAAAGUAAAGUAGUGAAUGUUCGAGUCAACAGCCCAUAUCUGCUGACUUUCUCACGUGACAUGGAUAAAGCCACAUGCUGAUGUUAACAGGAUGUCUAUUAAAUCAUUGAU